AUGUGUGAAAUAACACAUCUCGCCCUUGUCUUCUCGGCAUUCCCUUGGUUUUUGGCCAGGUUUGGUUUUUUUUCCGCGUGGAAAAAAAUUGUUUGGUCUUUUGGCUUUCUUUGGUGUCUGGUAACUGGUCUUCGACCGAACCGUCCUUCUCCCCCCGAGGCAAUUGGGGAAUUGUACUUUUGUACUGGUCGGGGUUUUUACCCCAUCUCCUUGCGAGAUCAAGUGCCUGUUUCGCCCUUGCCUGGUGUUUCUCCCUGCUCUUCUGCUGGUGCUUCUGCUUCUGCUCCUGCUUGUUCUUCCCCCGCGGUCUCGUCUCCGGUUCGUGAGGUUCCACGCCUGGAAUUUUCCUUUGCGUCUCGCCCUCCCGCAAUCAUCAAAGGCGAAAGUAAAUGUCAUUUUCUGGACUGUGCUUUUCCUCGUGGCUUGCCUUGUGUUGGUGGUGGUUUGGUGCCUUCUUUUCCUCCCCUCCCAGAAUACCAUCCUUCCGUUCCUCUCUUUGCCUUUGUAGGCGAAGUGAUUAGUCAGUCUUGGCUGGCUGAGAACGCGGCCUGUCUUGGUUCGGUGGCUUCGACCUGUCCUUCUGUUGCUGGUUGUUUGGCUGUUGCCACGUCCUCCCCUUCUGUUGUUGUUUCUCCUUCUGUGGGCCUUCCUUCUCCUUGCGAGAAUUUAAACUCUGGAGGCAAAAGAAAAACUCCACCUCCCUCCCCACCAUCAUCGACUCGUCGUCGACUUUCCCGUUGUCCUUCUUCGGACAUGGUGUCUUUGACUGUUUCUUCUGCGCCUGUGGUCACUUCUGCGCCUGUGGUCUUUUCUGUGCCUGUGGACUCUUCUGCGCCUCUGGUCUCUUCUGCGCCUGUGGUCUCUUCUGUGCCUGUGGUCUCUUCUGUGCCUGUGGUCUCUUCUGUGCCUGUGGUCUCUUCUGCGCCUGUGGUCUCUUCUGCGCCUGUGGUCUCUUCUGCGCCUCUGGUCUCUUCUGUGGUUGUGGUCUCUUCUGCUCCUGUUUUUUCUUCUGCUCCUGUUGUCUCUUCUGUGUCUUCUGUCUCUUCUGUUCCUGCGGUCGGUGUCGUUGAGGCCUCCUUCAUCUCUGUCUCCCCUGCGCGAUCAAUCGCCAUGCCUUACGUGGCCCAUUAUGAAAAAGCCAGGGAGAGACAGAGUUUGAGGGACCUCUUCGACGCCGCCGAAAAGGAAGAACAAAAAAAAAUGAACGUAUCCCAAAUUGUUAACGUAGUUGCUGAAUUGCUAUUAGUUUUAUUUGGACUUGAUGAUGAUACAGUGCAUAUAAUAUAUAAUAUGUGGGGAGACACGAAGAUUUCCGGCAGCUUUUCAAAGCGCAAACAUUCAUAA